CCCCUCCUCCUCGCCGACGUUCACCGCCCCGACGAAGAGACUUCUGCGCAAGCUCUGAAGUGCUUUGGUUUCAUGUUAUAUCACCCAGCACUUGUCGCAACUAUUUCAGAAGAAAUGGCUCGAUCGGUGUUGGACUCAUUAGUAAGCUAAUUACAACUACACUGAUGAAGGCUGUUUGCAACCUGGCUGUGUGGUGUGUCUCAAUUCAGCAAUUACAAGCUUCGGUUAUUGAGUUGGAAGCACAUUCCUUAAUUCGGGCUAUUGUCCAUGCCCUGGACAAUCCGUUUGGUUCAUUGUCAACAACAUUUGAGGCAACUCAGGCUGUGAUGAAACUGGCAAGUCAAAUUCCUGAGAAAAUGAGAGACUUGUUGAGUGUAUGGCUUCCACCAAUUUAUAGAAGACUUCUGAGUGAUAAUAACACAGAAAGGAGUACGGCAGAGAGAUGUCUUUUGAAGAUGUCAUCCAUCAUAUUACCUCCUCCACCACUUCUUUCCGAGGUAGUGGCGUCGAACCUUAAGAAAGAACUGCUUCUACGUAUGACAGACAUGCUACAUGAUAAUCUGCAGAAUGUUCAGGUGAUUAAAGCAUGGGGAUGGUAUGUAUCAUUACUCGGUUCCACUGGUCUCAGUGAUAGGCAUCUCCUCAACAAAUUGCUUAAGAUUCCUGAAAAGACGUUCACUCAUGCUGAUGAUCAAGUCCAGGUUGCUUCGCUGGUAGCAUGGCGACAUUUAAUUGAUGCACUUCUUCCGCCUCACAUUAAAAUUAUUGAGAGUAAGAUAGCCUCAGAAGUAUCCACAGUUGCUUCAUUUACAGCAUUUACCAGGAAUUGUGAUCCUCACCUAUACGGUCUUCUAAAAAAGAUAAAAAUGAUUAUGGUCCCCCUAAUAGGGAUAAUGUCAAGCAAGUGCGGUGUAGCUGUUCGUUCGUCCUGCCUAAGUACAUUGCGCUAUCUGCUACACAAGCUCGAUACUUUGGUGAACCAUCAGUCAAUUUUACAGACUAUAUUUGGACCCAUGCUUGAAGUAACCUUUUCCUCAGUACUGGAUAACCAGAACAUGUGCGUGUGGAACUCGUGCAUCAAUCUACUUCAUGAAUUUGUUAUGUCAAAAGAUAAGGAAAUUGCCUUCGGUGAAGAACAAUCGUGCUAUGAUAAAUCCUCAUGGAAAGAUCACCCUAUCAAAUGGUUGCCUUGGGAUAUCAAUUAUUUAGACUUUCUUCUAAAGAUGAUUGGUAUAAUUGUCGGCCCGGAAGAAAUGAAAUGUAUGAACUUUGAGACCAGAGUUGUGGCCAUGAACGCUGCCUUAAAGAUCUUCAAAUCAGUUUUGAAGGGUGUUAAAAUCAAAUUUAGUAAGUCAUUCACUUGCAAUGAUUGGAUCCAAAUCUGCAUUACUAAGAUACUCAAAUUUGUGACAGAGGUGUGCGAAGGUCUUGUUUUAGAAAAAAAUGUUAAUCUGCAAUUUGUGGAGGCUAUUAUAGAGGAGAUAGACCAUUCAAUACUAAAUUCCCCACUUUAUGGGGCCAAUUUGGAUAUCAAGUAUAUCUGUGACUUAAAAUGUCCUGAAAAUAUUAGUCAUUCAAGAAUAUCAACUCCGCCAGUAAAAGCUCUUGGUUACAUGGAUAUGGUUUCUCCAAUGGUUUAUACAACUAUACUUUCUCUCUCUUUGGUAGCUCAGUCCAUCUUAAAAUUGCCACCCGAAGAUGCUAUGUUAUAUGCCAAACAACAAAUGAAUGUUCCAUUUUUCUUGGCGAACACUUUAGACAAUCUCCAUACGGUCGUCAGCUUUAUGUAUAUGCACAUCAAAAAGCCCAUAGAUUGUAUGCUAAACAUUUUAAUGAUGUGGAAUAUAAUUGGUCAGGGACUGAAAGAACAAAUUGGCCAUGUCUCAGCACUUGAUUCUCCUACUGUUGAUUAUAGCGCUGUUCAUCAGUUCUUGUGCUUUCCCCUUCUUCUGUUUCUUUCUCUUGAGAAGAAACCAGCUACUUUAAGAAGUGGAAAUUGUUCAGAAUUUUGUGUCUUUUCCUCACAACAAGAGGUAGAGAUGGAACUGGUUAUUGAGGUGUAUAAAUCGCUACAUGAUUAUUCUAUUCAUGGUACGGAAACUGUAACUUCUUCAACGAAUGAUUUCACAGAGGGCCUAUGUGAACUUUUUGUCAGUGUGCUUAAUAAGAAUAUGAUCUUAUUUGUACACAACAUUGAGUGCUGUUUACAGAAGAAAUAUCCAAAAAUUGCUAUUCUUUCUGUUAUUGGUGAAGCAGCCAUUCAGAUGAUCACAAAUACAAAGGUCUUUGGUUCUGCACCUCAACAGUCAAAAGAAUGUGACAAAUAUAGUCCGCAAUGCAGUCCUAUCAAGUAUAGCUUGGGACUUGUUAGCAGGUUUUUAGAGUUGUCACUAGUAGCUUUUAAAGCAAGACCACAAGAUGAGCACCAUGUCACAAUAAGGGUUUUUGAAGCUCUAGAUAACUUCAGCAGGCUUCUCUUCUUGAAGCAAGACAUCCUUUUGCUGUUGGAGUUGAUUUCUGAUCCAUUGUGUCAAUGGCUUUCUUCAUGUGCCAAAAUAUAUUGCGAGAUACAGCAAGGAGGGCUUAUUAAUCAGCUUCUGAACAUCUGGUCUCGUAUUUUGGAUUGCUUGACGAGAAGCCAACCACCAAUUCUCUUCAACUCUUCUUUCCUCGAAACUCAAGCAUCUCUCCUUCAAACAACUCUAGGCCACCCGCAUCUGCCAAUUUCGGAUGUUACUAUUGAAUUUUGGAGAACAACUUACAAUCGGAAAGUAAGCUUACGAUACCCUUCCUGCUUACUACCGACACUAGAGAAAUUAUCAAGAAGUGGAAGAAUUAUCUUGCAGAAGGAUUCUGCUGCUAAUGAUGCCUUCUCAUGCAAACAACGACGUGGUUCGUCGCGAACACCUGCAGUAUCAAAUCCGCAGAAGAGGCCAUUAAGUGUAAUUGCAUCGGAGUUCGAGAAUGAUCAUGGGCUUGUAAACUUAUACAAGGGCUUCAAAAGAAAGAGAUUUAAAAGCGAAAAUGGCCCGAUAAAGGGAAUGAAACAUGUAGAAAGAUUUGAGGAUGUUUCUAGUUCUGAUUGUAGGAUGGAUACAAUGUCUGCUUCUAAUAAUCUAUCAGAAAGGAAAGAGCCUAGAAAGCCAGAGUACAUAAUGGAAAUGCUUAGGAGAAAAAGAUAG